GAGGAAAAACGACUGGGCUUGAAGUAACCGCGGAUGAAAAAAAUAUAAAUAAUAUUGAUAAGAAUAAUAAAAACUUCGACUGCCCUACAAUGAGCACGCACGACGCCUCGAAGUGACGGAUUUUUUUAAAAAGUGAACAGACGUCUGUUUUUAUUUUUAUUUUUUAUUAUUGUCUUUUUUUAUUAUUAUUAUUUAUUUAACUCUAGCUUUAAAAGUCAAAUCGCUGUGGCCCCUGGAGGAAGUGACCGCGCGGCGCCAUGGCUGCCCAGUGCGACACUCUGAGCGGAUACUUGCAGCAGCAGCAGUCGGACCAGGGCUCGAACAGCGAGCGCAGCACCGACUCCCCUCUCCCCGGAUCAGAGGAGGACCUCAGCGGGCCCCAUCCGCUGCCGGACCCGGAGUGGACCGAGGAGAGGUUCCGUGUGGACCGCAAGAAGCUGGAAAUCAUGUUGUUAGCUGCCUCGGAGGGGAGAGUGAACGGCGGAGAGGAUUUCUUUCAGAAGAUCAUGGAUGAAACCCAAACACAGAUAGCCUGGCCUUCCAAACUGAAGAUUGGAGCCAAGUCCAAAAAAGAUCCACACAUCAAGGUGUGCGGGAAACGAGAUAACGUGAGGGAAGCUAAAUACAGAAUCAUGUCUGUCCUUGACACAAAGAGCAACAGGGUGACGCUGAAGAUGGACGUUUCCCACACAGAGCACUCACAUGUCAUCGGCAAAGGCGGGAAUAACAUCAAGAGGGUGAUGGAGGAGACGGGGUGCCAUAUCCAUUUUCCUGACUCAAACAGGAACAACCAGGCAGAGAAAAGCAACCAGGUGUCUAUCGCAGGGCAGCCAGCAGGCGUGGAGGCAGCACGUGUAAAAAUAAGGGAGCUGCUUCCGCUCGUGCUGUCCUUCGAGCUUCCAGCCAUCAUGCAGUCAGACCCCAGCUCCCCCACUGUGCAGCACAUCUCACAAACGUACAACCUCACAGUUUCCUUCAAGCCCCCAACGCGUCUCUACAGGGCCACCGGAGUCAUUCGUGGUUCACAGAAUAAUGUUAACGCAGUAAAGGUGAGCGAAGUCUUGAGCUCUUAACAUCUGGCCGGUCUCUCUCCCUCCCACCCACCUCCUCGCGCGCCGCAGCACCACCUAUGACGCAACGGACACAUCAAGCACAUCAGACCAGAGUCCACUCCCGACCCCAACGGUCCCCAGAAGAAAUCCACCGUCUACAUUCAGGGCACCAUCGAAUCCGUCUGCCUCGCGCGGCAGUAUCUCAUGGGCUGCUUGCCUCUGGUAUUAAUGUUUGACAUCAAAGAGGACAUCGAGGUGGAACCUCAGUGCAUCACGGCACUAAUGGAGCAGCUGGAUGUCUUCAUCAGCAUCAAACCAAAGCCAAAGCAACCCAGCAAGUCCGUGAUAGUGAAGAGUGUGGAGAGGAACGCCGUCAACAUGUACGAAGCUCGCCGUUUCCUCUUGGGUCUCGAGAGCAACGGGGUGUCCUGUUCUUCACCCUCCCUGCCACUGAAUCCCACCACUAAUGGUCCAUCGCCGUCCCUCAUAUGCCCCGUUGGCCUGGACAUCCUGACCUCAGCUGGCCUGGGGCUGAGUAAUCUGGGUUUCCUAGGUGCGACAGCGCCCCAUUCCCUCCCCGCCUCGGCCACCCCGAACACUGUUCUGAACAGCCUGAACUCGGCUCUGAGCCCCCUGCAGACGCCGAGCCCCAGCACCCCCACACCGGGCCCCUCCAUGUGGCCCAGUUCGCUCACCAGCACCCAAAGCUUUACGUCCCAGUUGGUGCUGCACCCUGCAGCUCAGGCCACCCUGAGCAGCAUCCUGAUGUCAGGCGUGCCGGGUUACACACACAGCACGCCGUCUCCUCCGCCCGGCCUCGCCCCCAUAGACAAGCAGCCUAACGGGGUCCCUGAAUGCACGCUAAACGGACACGUCAAGCAUCCUGGUUACGGAAGGUUAGCGACGGCAUCCCUCACAGAAACCGUGUUAAGUCAGACUCCAUGCGACUCGGCCCAGGAGGCCAGUGGACACAGUCCCUCAGAGCCGCUGUCAAGCAAGUCCAACCCAGACGAAGGCUCUGACACAUUUGUUGAAGUGGGCAUGCCGAGAAGCCCCUCUCACUCAGCCAAUGGGAGCGAGCUGAAACAGAUGCUGGCUUCGUGCAAGACGUCAUCUGGGAAGCGACAGGCUGUGGAGCUCCUGCAGGGCACCAAGAACUCCCAUCUACAUUCUGACUGCCUCCUGUCGGACGCCGAGUCCAGCUCGUCGGACGGUCCUGUGGCGGACAAGAGGGCACCGGGCAGUGAGCGGGCAGCCGAACGGGCAGCACAGCAAAACGAGAGGGAGAGGAUCAGACUGGCGCCGCAGACUCCUUUUGCUAACAUGCAGGCGUUCGACUACGAACAGAAAAAGCUGUUGGCGACCAAAGCAAUGUUAAAGAAACCUGUGGUGACGGAGGUGCGCACCCCGACCAACACCUGGAGCGGUCUGGGCUUCUCAAAGUCCAUGCCAGCUGAGACCAUCAAGGAGCUGCGGAGAGCCAAUCAUGUCCCGUACAAACCCAGCAUGGGCACCACUUAUGAGGGUUCCCCACUGUCCCUGUCUCGAUCCGGCAGCCGGGAAGGCGUGGGAAACGGCAGCGACUCGGACAACUGGAGGGAGAGAAACGGGAACGGCCUGCCGAACCACACAGAGUUUCCCUCCACGGUCAGCAGCCCGAAGAGAAAGCAGAACAAAUCUGCUGCAGAGCAUUACCUCAGCAGCAGCAACUACAUGGAUUCAAUCUCUUCGGUAACCGGAAGCAACGGCUGCAACCUGAAUUCAUCCCUGAAAGGCUCCGACUUGCCUGAGCUCUUCAGCAAGCUGGGCUUAGGGAAGUACACCGACGUCUUCCAGCAGCAGGAGAUUGACCUCCAGACAUUCUUGACUCUAACAGACCAGGACCUGAAGGAACUAGGAAUCACCACCUUUGGUGCUCGCAGGAAAAUGCUACUUGCCAUUUCAGAACUAAACAAGAACCGAAGGAAGCUUUUUGAGCCACCCAUCAGGUCUUCCUUCCUGGAGGGGGGAGCCAGCGGCCGACUCUCCCGCCAGUUUCACGCCGAAGUGGCCAGCGUCAGCGGACGGUGGUAGGCCUCAUCUGGAAACCGUCCAUGAAGACCAG